UUCAAUGCGUUGUUAACCUAUUGUUGUAAUUAUGGAAGUGAGAAAUGUCUUGACCGCUUACUUYGUGAUAAAGUUAAUUGAACGAUUGAAUAGAAACGAAACCAGCCAAUGAAAUUUGUUAUUUUAAAAAAGUUUCGAUCCGACCGCGUAGUAUUAAAGCAAGUAGACAUUAAGGAUGAUCACUUAAUCUUAAAGAAAAACUGAGUUUACAGCUAAGCGAAUUUGAGUGACAAUUUAUUAUGGAAAGUGAAAAGUGUAUCAUUUGUGAGUUACCUGUUUCUGAAAGUGAUGAUGCUUGGUUCAUUGGUYGGUCAAAUGGUGGUAUUGGCUGUUGGCAACAUGGAACCUGCACAAAUGAUGACUUGAGUGACUCUGAAUGUGCCGACCAAGAUCGAGUAACCGAUUGGACUGACGCAGAAACCAGUGACAUCCCAGACAGCAUUUUAGAUGCCCCUGCACAAGGAGAUCACGUCGUGAAUGAAAUUGGGGAGUCGACUUUCGAAGAGGCCAGCCGACUUGAUGAAAGCCUUUAUGACGAAUCAGUGGUAGGCACUACGUACGAAGUAGUUGAAGCCGGUAGUAAGAGAAGUGGACGGAGACUAAUAGACAAUCUUGGUUUCACAUACAACGUGCGAUCUAAGCGGACGUAUGCAACGUAUUGGCAGUGCACGGUACGCCCAAAAGGCAACCAGUGCAAGGCCACUGUCAUCGAAAGAGAAGGUGUGUUUACCCAGGGACUUGGUGUACAUAAUCACCCGCCUCAAUCAGGAACCUUGCUGGCAACCAAGAUAGUAAAAAAAGUGAAGGAAAAGGCUGUUGAAGAGAAGUUUAAAUCCGCCAAAGUAAUUGUGGAAGAGGUUCUUCUAAAUGAGUUAACAGACAGUCCCUGCGAAGCCCUCCCAGCACCAGAAAACAUUGCUCAAGCAGCGAAUCGUCUAAGAAAGAGCCUGCGACCAGCUGAUCCCAAAGACCUGAUGGAUYUUGAAUUGGAUCUCCAAGCACUUCCUCAGGAAUUCCUUCGAGCUGACAUCAAACUAAGGAAUCGUCGGCACUUGGUGUUCGCCUCAGAUGCCCAACUUCGAUUCCUAUCAUCUGCAAGGACGUGGUAUAUCGAUGGUACAUUUAAAGUCGUCCGUCGGCCAUUCACUCAGCUCCUAUCCAUAAAUGCCUUCGUCAAAUCCGGCGACAACGCAAAACAGCUUCCCCUGGUUUUUGUUGUUAUGUCGGGAAAGAAGAAGAAGGAUUACAAAAAGGUAUAUCAGAUUGUGAAACACAAACAUGACAAAUAUCGUCAAUGAUUGACUCGAACUAAA